AGUGGGGGCCCACAGAUCUCUCUCCCCGUUCACUUCCCCGAAACGUCCCCAUGCUGCGCUCCCUCGCCGGCGCCGCCGAGUCGGGGCGCUCGUCGGCGGCCGCGGCGCUCCGGCGGUCCCUCCACGCAGGAGGGCGGGAGGAGGUGGAGAGCGUGGCGUACCGCAUGUCCAUGCUCCGGCCUCCCCCUGUCGUGCCGAGGAGGGGGCUCCCGAGGAACUCGUGCAGCCUCAUCGGCCGCCUCGACGGGCCGGUGCGCCCGUGCGGUGGCAGCUCCGACGAGCGGCCCAUGGCGUACACUUUCCUGUCGGUCUCCUCCUCGCCCUCAUCCCCGCCCUCCUCGAGUCCGUCCAACUUCCGUGUGACAUUGAAUUUGCAAGGCGAGCUGGCACAUGUAAGCCUAAAGCAUUUGAAACAAAAUGACCUUGUUUAUGUAUCUGGCCUUCUGAAUUCAUAUCAUAAAGUUGAUCCAAGUGGAGAGAAGCAUACGUUCUACAAGAUACAUGUCACAGACCUAAACUAUGUUCUUGAUCAAAAUCAGAGGCCUCAAAAUGAUGAGAAUUCUUCAGACAAAUCAUCAAUGCUGUCUACCACAGAUGAAAUACUUACAGAAAAGAAGUACAUAGAUCGGCUUCGCUUGUGGCAGGUCUUCUUCGCUAGCCCUUACGAAUGGUGGGACAACCGACAAUCCAAGCCAUACUCCUACUAUCCUGAUUUCAAGCACAAGGACACUGGCGAGAAGCUGUGGCUUCGUGCAGAUGAUCCUCCUUGGGUAAGAAGACAGCUUGAAUUGCAAGACCAACAACUGGCAGAGAAUGGACACAGGGAUGGUAGUAGGACACUGAAAAACCACACAUGGAAAUCACAAGAUUUUGACUGCUCUCCGUCUCAAGAUUUUGGCUAUUCUGAUGACGAAGAAUUGCUUCAUUCAUCAGGUGCAUGAUAUGGGGAGAUGUGAGAUAAUGCUAACUGGUCUCUUGAUCUGCAAUUAUUAUGCCUAGCUUCACUGUAGAACUCACUUAGUUGUAGAGGAUAUAGAGUACUUAUGUUAGCGUAGCAAGUUAUUAAUGGCUUGAAUGGCGAAUACUGGUAAUGUGUGCGGUAACUCAUGUACAUGCAUGAUGUGGUGGAAAUGUAAAAAAAGUACUUAUAAUCAACAGAUGGUGGAAACCUAAACACUCGAAAUCAUGUGAUUACGACAAGUA